UUUGCACAAUUAUUCUAAAUUAAGUUAUUGUUGUAAUGUUAAACGAAUCAAGUACUCCACUUCAAAUAAGUCAUUGACCAAGUAACAAUCGUUUCCGUAUCCACAAUUCGAAAAUAUAUACACAAAUCAGUAGCUGGUUAAGGAUACAUAAAAUUGGUUCAAUGUCACAACACAACAAAAAGGAGUCGGCUAGCCAUGCGAGUAACACACGCCAGCGCAAACAGGAAGAGACCAGCGGCAGCAAGAGUCAAAAGAAACAGCAAACGCCCAAUGGCAGCGUCAAAGGCAACAGCAGCAGUAGCAGUAGCAGCAACUCCAACAGCAACACCUCAUUUACAAUUAGCGGCAGCAGCAGCACCAGUUCUGUCAAAAUGCAAACACACACAAAGCCAAACAAUGGGGGCAACGGCAGCAAAACGCAGCUAAACAAGAAGGAUAAGCAGCAGAAAGAGAAAGAGCGCUUGGAGCGUUCCCAGCUUGUUCUUUGGCGGCGUCCAUUGCAGACGUCCAAAUAUUGUGCACUCGAACUGAUUGAAUUGCUGCGCUCCUGGAGCAGCAGUUUACUGCGACAACGAGGACUGCUGGCUGUUUUAAUAGUAUUAGGGCUUGUAUUUAGCGUAAUUUAUAAAAUCGAGGGCCCACAUCAGCAGAUCAUUGAGCUGGUGCAUAGAAACACCUGGUUCUUUGUAUACUGGCUCGGACUGGGCGUUCUCUCAUCUGUGGGCCUGGGCACCGGCCUGCACACAUUUCUACUCUAUCUGGGCCCUCACAUAGCCAGCGUCACAUUGGCUGGCUACGAAUGUAACUCCCUCGAAUUUCCGCAGCCACCAUAUCCCGACGACAUCAUAUGUCCGGAGGAGCCAUAUUUAAAGAAUAUGCCCAAUAUUUGGAGCAUUAUGUCAAAGGUGCGUCUGGAGGCGUUUCUUUGGGGCGCAGGUACUGCAUUAGGCGAACUGCCGCCAUAUUUCAUGGCCAAGGCUGCACGUAUGUCCGGCUAUGAUCCGGAUGAUGCCGAGGAGCUGGCCGAAUUUGAGGCGUUAAAUGCGAAACGGAACCAGAAGAACCUCAGUCUCAUGGACAGGGGCAAGCUGUUCAUGGAACGCGUCGUCGAGCGUGUUGGUUUCUUUGGUAUACUGGCCUGUGCAAGCAUUCCCAACCCGUUGUUCGAUUUGGCCGGCAUCACGUGCGGCCAUUUUCUGGUGCCAUUCUGGACGUUCUUUGGAGCCACGCUGAUUGGCAAGGCCAUCAUCAAGAUGCAUAUACAGAAAAUAUUUGUGAUUAUUGCUUUUAAUGAGACGCUCAUCGAACGCGCUGUCGAUCUGAUUGCCACGGUGCCCAUAUUUGGGCGCAAGCUGCAACAGCCCUUCAAGGCGUUCCUCGAGAAUCAGAAGCAGCGCUUGCACAGGCAGCAGCGCAGUCGCAAUGCCACAGCCGGCGGAAGCGUUGGCAACGGCGGUGAUUCCGGCAAUCUGUUGUCAAAAAUCUUUGAGACCUUUGUCAUUGGCAUGGUCUGCUAUUUCGUCGUCUCCAUUGUCAACUCACUCGCUCAGAGCUAUCACAAGCGGCUGCACAAGAAGCCGCGCCACCUGCCACCAGCUGUUGCUGCUACCGCUGUCAGUGGCAGUCAGAAAAAGCAUCUCAAGCAGAAAGCGCUGCGCGAUUAGGCAUGACUACGCCGCCCCCUAACUAAACCAAUAUUUGAAGGCUCCUAUGCCACCUAUGCAAAAUUCUUCGUUAAUCAUAUUUACCUCUGCUCUGACCUAUAGUCGAGUGGAUUUUAUCUUUUUUUUAAUAAUUUUUUUUCUUAGUCAAAUUCCAUGGGAACUUUCCGAACUCCAUUUUGUGUAAAAACUUGCAAGCUUUGCCUAUGAAGUUUGAGAAUUCAGAAUUUGCCAAGUGGAAUUCCGAGAAUGUAACCGAAAACCAAACUAAAUUAUAUUUUAUACAAGUAUAUUUUGUAUGAAGGAGUGAAAGAAAUGGCAAUGGGAUGGAAUCGCCCAAGUUGAUACCCUAGACUAGACUAGUUCAAACAAAACAAAACAAAACGAAACGAAACAUAAAUAAAACGAAGUUAAAGAGAGGUGUAAAGCAAAGUAAGCCCCAACUAGUAAGUAACAGAACGCAACGCCACAAAAUUGAGAGCAUGUAUUUCAAAAGUAUAAAAUAUUUCUGCCCAUUUGUAUGCCCUUGUUUAUACCUUAUUUCCCUAUUCGUGCGUUGCAAUAACAAGCGCUAAUUGUUGUGUAGAAACUUAGCUUCAAGAUAAACAUAAAGACA